UUUGGCCGUUUGUCGUAGAGUCAUUGGUAGAGUGUUGAUGUGAGAUCGUAAUUGAGGCUGAAAUGUGUGUGUUGCAGCCUUGUUCUUCCCAAAAGACCUUCUUAAUUCAGUUGCAGACGUUUAGGAGUUGAAAUGUUGUCCCCCUGCACUACUGUCUCACUUAAGACGUGCUACUGUUCGUCACCGGAGAGGUAGCUUGUGACGGUGCGAUGGAGGCCGGCUCUGAAAAGCAGCCGCUGCCGUCGACAUCCACUGCCAACCUGGGGUGCAGCCAAGCACACGACCCCAACUACGAUGAUUCUUCGUCGCAGACAGCUUCGGAAACGAUGGAAUGGUUUUCGCCCACGGACGGCGGAAGCCAAGAGCAAGACAGCGAGGACCCCGACGACAUCGGAGAGUUCUUUUUUGAAUCGGACCACCUGGCGCUGCGCGGCAAUUCGGACUAUCGCAACAUGCUGAAGACGCUCGCAGUGCUCGAAGCGCAGCGUGUGCAGGUCAUACAAGACAUUGAAAAGCUCAUUGAAGUCCGUGAAGAUGCUCUGGUGGACCCAGUCAGAUUCGUCGAGAGGCUUCAGAAGAAGGAAGACCUUGGCAUUCCACUUCCGCAACUGGUUGCCCCACUGCCAGACAUAGACUGGAGCCAGUACAGCCUCAUGGGCAUUCAGCAAGGAAUAGAGGGAAAGCGUCAGCUGACGAGGCAUGCAGCCAAGGUUGAGCCUAGACAGGCGGCCACAUCUAGGGCUCAAAGCAACGGGUCAGGCAGCAGCAACGUUCUGAUCAGAGGACGUGUCUUUAAUGAGAACAAGCCUGCGACGUUCAACCAGCUGUGGACAGCGGAGGAACAGAAGCAGCUUGAAGAUCUGCUCAUCAAGUAUCCACCGGAGGAAGUGGAAAGCAGGCGGUGGCAAAAGAUUGCAAACGCUCUGGGAAAUCGGACUCCGACCCAGGUUGCCAGCCGCGUCCAGAAGUAUUUUAUCAAGCUGGCCAAGGCUGGCCUGCCUGUUCCCGGCAGGAUACCCAAUGUCGCAACACCACGCAGGUUAGGUUCUGGGCACUCCCGGAGGAGCUACCACCAUCACGGUCCUGCAAGGUCGUCAAGCUACAUGUACUCCCACUCGACAUUCUUUGCCUCUCACAGACCGCCUGUCUUCAUGUCAGAAGCAGACGACGACUCCGGCUCUUCAUCGUGGGGGUACCUGGAGAUGCAAAACGGAAGCCAGGAUAAGCCUGAAGCGACACCUGCAGAGGAUGACGACGUGCAGGUCGAUGCCGCCGUAAAGGAGUCCCCCGAGUACCAGGAACUCAUGGCUCUCAGGAAGGUCCGCAAGGAACGAAUGAAACAGGCUGGACUCGCGCAGCACGUGGGGUUCCGCUGCGAUCGGUGCGAGUGCGAUCCUAUUGUGGGCACCAGGUGGCACUGCACCGACUGCCCCGCGGACGCCUCCAUCGAUUUUUGCAGCGACUGUGUCGACUGCAUGCACGAGACGGCGACUCACAAGGAGGACCACCACUUGGAGGCCGUUCACGUGGCACAAGACAGCUCGACGUUCCACGACAGGGACUACAUGAGCUUCACAGGUGCUGAUUACAACUACCUCGACCCCAACUACUUCCCUGGCUCCAGCUGACGGCUGAGGACGGUGAUUGAAGACUGCAGUGUGGCGUUACAGUGUGCAUUGUACUGUAGUAUGUGCAACGAUUGCACAAAUGUGUAUUUCAUGUACUCUGUGCUACAAUUUGUGCAACGUAGCUUGUGUGACAAUUUGCACAUAUGCGCGUUUCUGUAGACGCUUCUUGCGGUGAGGAGGAGCACAGCUACGAACUCAACGCACUUUCACUGCCGUGCCACUCACCUCCUUACUGUUAUGUGUGCAGACUGCCAACUCUUUCAGUGGCAGCUUGGAGCAGUAGCGGUGUUGUGGUGAAUUACUGUGAUUUAAUGUGUCUAAUUUGUUUCAUAUGUAAUGUGAGUAAUAUAGGGUAAAUGAGCCACCAGUGUGCUGUUUUUGACUUCAGAAAUAACUUUUGGAAGCAAAAGACACACCAUUCUCCUUUAAUUUAAGGAACAUUCUCUUUUAAUUAUGCGACAUUUUUCACAUUAACUUAACACUUUCUGAUCAAAAUUUUUUCACUGAAAUGAAAAUUUUAUAUUUAGGUGCUUCUGAAUGACGAAAGAAUAAAAAUAAAGAAAUGAUCCCCACUGGAUAUAGCAAAUUAGUUCUGUGGAAUUCUGCAAGGUGGAGGAAGGUUCAUGAGAGGAAAAAAUUGAUAUCCACCCAUAUGUAGCAUGAAGCUACAAAACGAAAGUAAUACAGGUUUCUCAGAAACAUAACUUCAUAGUUGAAGAAAAAUUUGUUCUGGUCCGGGAUCAGGACAGUUCCCGGCAAUGAAUCAAAUGUUUUUCUCGUGAACUGCUGACAGCUCAAGGUGGAGUAAGCAGCAUAGGGUUCUUCUGACUUCACAAGGGCAACAAUGUGCAAUGUUUCCACAGAUUAUAUUUGAAGACCACUUUUUCGCCGCCCAGGGCAGGUUAUAUGCAUUAUGCAGCAGGCUCCAAAAAUAAAGUGCAGGGGCCUAACCUCAGCAUGAUGCAUUGCGUGGGCAUUUGUGCAGUAUCACGAGGAACCAUACUUAUCUACAGCACUAAGGUGACAAAUUAUUUCAUUACAUUGUUGGCACUCUCAUUUCUGCUUUUGGUGUUCAUUUUCCUCAAUGUCAGAUAUUUUCUGCAAAACAUUGAUUCCUACAGGAAUCAUUGGGCCAGAAAGGAUUGAGUACUUUACAGAAGCACAUUAUACUUCAGAGAGAUGGCGCUGUCCUCCACCUGAUUAAUGGCAAGGACAGGUUUCAGAGCCUGCUUUAAAAUUAAAAAAGAAAUUGAAUGGUGCAAAUUGCCUGACUUGAGGCACUCAGCUUUAGUGCACUACAAGAAAUAAUACCUCGAUAACCUGCUUGCAUCACCGUCUUCGUUAUGCUGUCCAGUGUCUACACACAUGCUAAUAUCAAAUUUUUAUCAAGUGGUUAUGUUUUAAUUAUUGUCACAGACAAUAAAAAUAACUUUUAGUUACCUGAAGAACUAAUUAACGCACAGAAAAAAUUAUUGCAUUUUUGGUAUCUGCUUCAAAAAAGGUGCACUAAGGUUCACUAACUUUGGUCAAGAAGUAAUAAAAAUUGUUUUUGAAAGCAGUC